GCUACAGUUACAUACAUUUAAGAUCAGUGAUUUAUUAUUGUAUUUAUAGAUUUUAAUAUAUAUAGCCGAAGUAGUACCAGUUUUAAAUUAUUAUUUUUUUAUGAAUGUUGUGAGCCGCCCCGAGGCUUUGUUGCGAUGAGGGCAGCAUAGAAAUGCUUUAAAUAAAUAAAUGUAACUAACUGAAUAUUGGUCUGUAUCCAUUAUUCAACGUAAAUAAGUAAUAUUAUGGAGAUGAUUGCACUUUAGUAAUGGCAUGUGAAACUUUUGAAGCAAAUUUCCAGAAGUUUACAUUUGUGUAGACCAGGAGAAGGUGCUCCACAAUUCCUGACUACAAUCAACAGCUCCUUGCUGCCUCUGUUGAAUUCCUCAUAUAGCAUAAAGUAACCUGGGGAUUUCCCCUGCUGCUAUCUUCCUGGAACAGACCAAAAAACUUCCGGGUUGGAUCCAGAAUCUGCUUUUUAAUAGGAGGAAGGGCUCUGCUUGUUUAAGGUGUCUUCACUUGACUUAUGGAGAUUGCUCUGCAUCCUCAUCCAUCCACAGCUUGUCUAUUCAUCAGGGUCUCUUUUCUCUGUGUAGCAUUUUUCAGGGGCCUGCUGUGGGAAGGACAGAGUAGUCCUGCACAAAUUUGGAUCCAACCCAGCUAGAUUCCAGUCCUAGCUACACUUACCUGAGAUAUGUAUGACCAAUUGCCCUACACUGAUUGUCAUGGUUGGCCUCCCAGCUAGAGGAAAGACGUACAUCUCUAAGAAAUUGACACGCUACUUAAAUUGGAUUGGAGUGCCUACAAAAGAAUUUAAUGUUGGUCAAUAUCGGCGAGAUUUGGUAAAAACGUACAAGUCCUUUGAAUUCUUCCUGCCAGACAAUGCGGAAGGCCAGAAAAUUCGAAAACAAUGUGCCUUAGCAGCACUGAAUGAUGUUCGGCGGUAUCUUUGCGAGGAAAACGGGCAUGUCGCGGUUUUUGAUGCAACAAACACUACAAGGGAACGUAGAGAAACCAUUUAUACAUUUGGGGAGGAAAAUGGCUAUAAGACCUUUUUCGUGGAGUCAGUAUGUGUUGAUCCAGAGGUCAUUGCUGCAAAUAUUGUUCAAGUGAAAUUGGGCAGUCCUGAUUAUGUGGACUGUGGUAGUGAUGAGGCUACCGAAGACUUCAUGAAAAGGAUUGAGUGUUACAAGAAUACAUACGAAACACUAGAUGAAAAUCUUGACAAGGAUCUUUCUUACAUUAAAAUCAUGGAUGUUGGAAGGAGUUAUCUUGUGAACCGAGUAAUGGACCAUAUCCAGAGCCGGAUUGUUUACUACCUCAUGAAUAUCCAUGUGACUCCUCGCUCUAUCUACCUCUGUCGACAUGGUGAAAGUGAGCUAAAUCUAAAGGGAAGAAUAGGAGGAGAUACUGGAUUGUCUCAUAGAGGGAAAGAGUUUGCCAAGAGCUUGGCGCAUUUCAUUAAUGAGCAGAACAUCAAAGAUCUGAAAGUGUGGACGAGCCAAAUGAAAAGGACCAUUCAGACUGCAGAGGCCUUGGGAGUGCCUUAUGAGCAGUGGAAAGUUUUGAAUGAAAUUGAUGCGGGAGUCUGUGAAGAAAUGACAUAUGAAGAAAUUCAGGAAAAUUAUCCAUUGGAAUUUGCUUUGAGAGACCAGGACAAAUAUCGGUACAGAUAUCCUAAAGGGGAGUCCUAUGAAGAUCUUGUUCAGCGGUUGGAGCCAGUAAUUAUGGAGCUGGAAAGGCAGGAAAAUGUGCUUGUAAUCUGUCAUCAAGCUGUCAUGCGCUGCCUGCUUGCUUACUUUCUGGAUAAGCCUGCAGAACAACUGCCUUAUCUUAAGUGCCCGCUGCAUACUGUCUUAAAGCUAACCCCAGUGGCUUACGGUUGCAAGGUGGAGUCCAUAUUUCUGAAUGUCGAGGCUGUAAAUACGCACAGAGACAAGCCCCAGAAUGUAGACAUUUCGAGACCUCCUGAGGAAGCCCUUGUAACUGUCCCUGCUCACCAGUGAAUCCUGAGUCCUGAUCAGCUAUGAACCAUGUGAAUGUAUGCGUUAGCCGCUCUAGAGAAGAAGCCCUGAGGACUGUGCCUAAUCACUUGUAGCCCUUCUGGCCUCCAGAACCGGCAGCAGUGCUAAGAAAACCACUCAGGGACACGAGAACAGUGAAGAACGUCUUCAAGAAAGCCAAGCAGCUAGAGACAUGUACACUCCUCUUUUAGAAGACGUUUUCAAUGCCUGAGCAAGGCAGACUUGGCAUUAAAGGUUGAAGCAAACCAAGUAUUUAUGGAACAUAGAAUGAAAUGGCUUUUAAAUUAAUAUAUGUUGUCUUUAUCCUGUUGUUGUUGUUGUUUUCUGUGGAUGUUAAUACGUAUGAAAUUGUUUUGUCACUUCUAAUGUCCGAGGUUAACUUCAGCAUUCUUCUAGAAUGUUGCCCUAAGCUCUUCUUCCUAUGAAAGACCAUCCAGUUGCAGACUUCUGGGUGUAGCAUUGUAUUUUUUUUCAGGUAUUAUAAGAUCAAGCAUUACCAGAUAAGUGGUUUUCUGAGAUUCCAUAAAAUAUGUAUUCCAGUGUGCAGUGUCUUUGUCCAGCUCUGUAAGGAUUCAUUCCUAUUUCCCCUUCCAUUUAGUUAAACGCAUUAAGGAAGCAACCCUGUGGCACUGGACUUUACAUGCCAGAUAUAGAAUAUUGUAGAUUUCUAACUCCGGUCUCAGAGACAGAGCUGCAAGUCAGCCCGUUUUCUUGCCUGCCCCUUCUGCCAACACAGCAAGAAUUGCUGUUCUCCGAGGCUGGCAAAGAAACUGCAGAGGUGGCUAAAAGGGACAGUUCGAGGAGCUGGGGUAUGGCUUGUUUUUGAGCUGCUGGAGCCUCUUCUUCCAGGCCAGGGCUCUUCAGCUGGACCGGUGAGCAAAAAGGCUGUGCAGGGUGGGAGGCACGGGCAGCCAGAAAUUGCCUCCAGCGCUUCCUCCUGCCCUGGGCUUGGAUGCACAGGAGCCUCUGAGUGGGGGGACUGAAGCUCACCUCCACAGCCCUCCUUUCUCGUUCCCAUAAUAUCACAUUCAGUAACAAUGUUUUCAUGUGGUAAGCGCUAUAGCAUGGAAAUUAGAUUUGCAUGCCUUUUUUUAGCAACUGCACUGUGGUAUUUAAGAGUUUAAAAAAUAUCUCAUUUCGCAAUAACUUUUUUCAAGACUCCAUAGCACCUAGUGAGAAGUCUGCAAGGGUGGUAUUUUAUCAAGUGCUCUCCUUUUGUCUUACUGAAUUGUUUCUCCAAGUGCGUCCCUGGUUAUAUUUUUAAAACAGUUUUGGUAAGAUUAACCCAUUUCAUAGGCCUUUGUAAAAGUAAUAUUACUUUUAUUUAACAUUUGUUUUAUUACUAUUUUUAUUAUUACAUUUCUAUACUGCCCAUAGCUGAAGCUGUCUGGGCAGUUCACAAUGUUUUAAGUCACCCAUCUAGAUUUCAACCAGGGACGACUCUGCUUAGCUUCCAAGAUUAGGCAGGAUCAGGCACUUCAGGCUAUACAGAAGCUUAGUCUUUGGAAGUUUUUAUAGGUAAAAGUUGGAUGUUUGGAAGUUCUUUAUGAAAGUUUUUAAUCUUUGAACAUUUAUUUUUUAAAAAAUAAACAUAUGGAAAGAAAGAGUUUUAAUUAACACUACUUUAAGUUACAUGGAACAAGUAAAAGGACGAUAACAUUAAAGCUUGGCACAUAAUUGGCAGAGGUUAAUCAGUGCAAAUGGCACAGGGUUCAAGGCAAUGUAUGAAGCACACCAAACAAUUAUGAAACUUCAGUGAGUUAUUUGACGUCCUUUUUAAAAACAUCUGUGAACCAAAGUUACAGAGAAAGCAUUUUGGGCUUUGUUUUUAAUAGUGAUUUUUUUCCACUUACAAUACUUUGGUAUGGUCAGAUGAACAAAAUUCUUCCAUCUAUGUGCUUUAUUGGUGAGGAGCUCUUUUUGGAUGGGAACAGGAUAUGUAAAUUCAUAGUGAAAUAUUCCUCAGCCCCGUAAAAACCUCUGCCUUUGUGGGCCUUCGCACCUGAUGCAUUGCUUGAGUGGAAGGCAGCAGAGAAAUCAAGCCUAGUGGAACUUCCCCUUGGGAUAUUCAGGCAUUCUUAUGCAUACAGAAAUGCAAUCUGGUAGGCAGAUUUGCAAAAUUUUAUCAGCCCUUCCUUUCAGGCACAGUCCUCUGGGAAUAUGUUCCAUAUUUUGAAAUAAAUGGAAUUUGUACUGAAUGGAUUCCUAUUAGAGUGAUAGUGCAUGUUAGUCCCUUUAUAUUUGUUCUGCCAGACCGAUAUACAAUGUAAAUAAUUAUUUGUGUGAUGGAAGGCACAAGCAGCAGAUUGGGGGCCCCUUGGGAGGAAGAAAGGAAGAAAGCUUUGCCCUCUGUAGCAGGGAAUUCCUUUUUUAAAUGUCACUGUCUGUACUGGUACCUUAUUGAACCUCGCUGUGCUGUUCAUGUUAAGAGCCCCGGGCUGUGUUAGCUUUUCAUGUUGGAGGCUCAAAUUGUUUUCAGUUGUCAUGUAGGUGUGGAUGCUGGAACGCAACCUGCUUUUGUGUUGUGUAUUUCUUUAACAAGCUAGAAAUAUAUUCAGUGCUGUGGAAAUAAGCCAUCAAGCCUAUCUUAGUUUAGAAAAAUGGCUAGGCUAGACUGUCAAAUGCUUCAAGCAACUACACAUCCAAAGCGCUUUAACUAUAUUCCGUCCUGUAAGAUAAUACAUUUACGUCAUGACAUCAUAAUUCAGGUAGAUUGCAAAGUAGUACAGGAGACUGAGAAGCGUGCACCGUGACGUGAGGUGCGUGAGGUGGAAAAGAGAGUGCCAUGCAAUGGCUAACCUAACCAAGACACCAAACUUGCCCCAGUUUUGCUGGAUAUGGGCCACAGAAUACAAAGGAUUUUGCUGAAUGGGGUUAAUUUAAUUCUUGAAAAGUUAAAGUUUUCAAGAAAAAUGUACAGGAGUUACUUUGGACCUUGUAUGGCAAUGUGGAUCUUGUAAGAAAAUAUUCUUAUGUUAGCUGAGGCAGUAAGCUGAUUUUUGUCAAUAGGUGUAAAAUAUUCUUUCCUUAACCAGAAAAAGUAUUUGUUUCCCUGUUUGUAUUUCUCAGUGUGCUAUAAAGUUCUGUAGCUAAAUAUUUAAUAUAUAGUAGAUAUUUUUAUAGGUUGUAUCUAAACCAACUGUGAUAACAGCGGUGACUUCUAUUUACAGGAUGGAUGUAUAAUUGAAAAAAAAUCACUGUAUGCAAAUUUAAAUUAUAAAUUUAAUGUUGAUACUUGAAAAAAAUAUAAAACUAGAAAGCUCUUGAUUCAAUGUAAACUACGGUCUUAAAUACACACAGUUAGAUCCAGUCUUCAUCAUACUUAAGUAGUUAAGGCCAACAUUAAGUCCCAUUGAUCCCAUUCCCUCUAUAACUACAAGUAACUCAUAACUUGGAAGUAAGCCCCUUUUGAAUUAGUUGGACUUAUUUUCAAGUAAAUGAGUUUAAAAUUAAGGUGCUAGCAACUCCGCCUUGGUUUCCAAAUAGUCAACUCUGUUUGCUGUUUCUAGAAAGCUGCUUCACAUGUUAAAUCCUCCAGGUGUAAAAAGUGAAUCUGAGAAACUUGUUGAUAAGACUGUUGCUCUUCCAGGUGGAUUCGUAGCAGCAGGCUCCUCGAUGUAUACGAGAGGCAGACUUGAGUUCCCAAUGGCUUAAUGUGCGGAAUGGCUUUUAGUGAGUACUGGGAAGUUCAAACUGUUAUGAAAAUCAUUUCCUCUUGCCAUAAUUUGUACAGUCAACACAAAUAAUUUUGAAUGUGAUUUUAACUCAGAUGUGGAGAGUUAAUCCAUUUACUAAUUCUAAUGAUGUCCUUUGAUAUAUCUGGCAUUCAAUUUAAUACUUUGAGAGAGAGUAACGUUAUAGAACAUUUGCUCCAGAAUAAUAAAUACUCAGUUUUAAAUUGUGA